AUGUACCAAGAUAUUGUCAGCCUUUCUCCUGAAGAGGCUUACAAGCGUCUUAGAGAAGGUAAUUCCGGACCGAAGCCUUCAGCCGAGUGGCUGGCAAAGAAGAAAGCGUUGAGAAAAGCGUGGCUCACUUCUCAGCCUGAGACUACGACGACAACAGCUACACCGACUGACCACUCGCUAUCUUCGCUGUACUCGGAAUUUUUGCUUUGGCCACGAUCAUGGCGCUACUGCGGUGUGCAUAUUCAGGCUCUUGGAAUAGAUCCAAAGCGCUUCCAGAGCCUUUCGCGUGGCAAUACUAGUAGAAUCGAGAAGAAGGAGAUGUACUUGCUGCUUCUGAUUUUUAUCCUUAUCAACUUCAUCGAUUCAGCUCCUCAGUGGCCUGGAGGCAGUCAAGGUGGCCUUGGUAGCAGACCAGGAGGAGGUGGUUUUCCAGGUGGAGGCAGCUGGGGCGGCCAAGGAGGACCAGGGCCCCAGAUACCGGGUGGUCAAGGAGGAUGGGGAGGUGCACAAAGGCCAGGCGGGUCUUUCCCAGGACAAGGAGGACAAGGAGGACAAGGAGGAUGGGGUGGGCAAGGAGGAAGGCCAGGCAUGGGUGGAUGGGGUGGACAAGGAGGAAUGUCAGGUGCAGGAGGAAGACCAGGCAUGGGUGGAUGGGGUGGACAAGGAGGAAUGACAGGUGGAGGAGGAAGACCAGGAUGGGGUUAA